AUGGAAAGAGGAAAACAAAAUCAUGAAGAAAGAGAGGAACAGAAAGCAAACAACUCAUCGGUGUCAUUUUCUGCUCUUCGCAAGGACGUUGUCAAUGUUCUGGAUAUCAUGGAGAGGUUAAAAAAUGAAGAAAAUCAAGUAGCUCUUGACAUGGAUCUAAUUGAAAAGCUGAAAUCUGGGCUGGCAUUAAUUUGUGCAAACGUCCUGCUUUCUUAUUGCGAUUUGGAGCAGUUUGAAGAUGUAAUGACUUCCCUAAGAGAAGUGGUUAAAGAUCUGUUUCAAUCAAUUUUGGUUGAUGUUGACUACGACGUCAGGUGUAAAUACAACAUGCCCCAUGUCCUUCGUAGCCUCAUGGAUAAUAUCGAUGAUUGUCUCAGCUCAUGUCCUCGUUCUACAUCAAGUGCCAUCAUGACUGAAGAUCAGUUGGACUUCCUCCUCCUGAAUCUCCAUCAUCUGUCCAAGUUUCUUGCUGAGCAGAUAUAUCCAUUAGUGACUCAGCAUGUGAUUCUUCAGAAUGUGUGUAGCAACAUGAAAGAUUUCCAUGGGUUGAUAGUGAAUGGUUGCGUUGAGCAAGAUAUUGUUGAAUAUGUCUUACCUCAGAUUCAACUCAUGGCUGAGAGAGUAGGACUCUUUCUUUGGGAGAGUCUUAGACAGUCUGGACUCUCCGAGCUAGAUGAGGAUGAUCAGACUGAUGAAGACUCUCAGCACAUCACGUUAGAACAUCUACUCUUGAAGAUUGUUCCAGUUGAAUUGGAGGUUGUGCACACAAGUUAUAAAAAUUUGAAAUCUUCAACUUCAGCAGAAGUUGGACGCUUCAUUAAACAGCUCCUGGAAACCUUUCCGGUCAUUCUUAGAGAAUAUCUGAUUCAUCUACAAGAGCACAUGGUAACUGUAAUUAACCCAAGCAUUUCAGGAGCUCGAGACAUUCACGUCAUGAUGGAGUUCCUGUUGAUUAUUCUUACUGACAUGCCUACUGACUUGAUUCAUAAUGACACAUAUUUUGAUCUCUUGGCACGCGUUGGAGCACUUACCAAGGAGGUAUCAACUCUUGUUUGGGGCUUAGAAGAGAAAUCAAUGAAGAAAGAGAGUACCAAUGAAAUAACUCUUGUCCGUGGCCUAGAUGAGAAAUCAAUGAAGAAAGAGAGUACCAAUGAAACAAAUCGUACAACACUAGACUUGCUAAAAGAUAUUGAACUCCUGAAGGGAGAUCUCAGGCAUGUUUACUUGAAAUCCCCAAACUCAUCUCAAAGUUGCUUCCCCAUGAGUGAUGGACCGCUCUUCAUGCAUCUUCUACUCAUACACUUAAAAGAUUUGCUAGAUUCCACUGCUUUUUCAAUUGCUUUGAUAAAGGAAGAAAUUGGGUUAGUGAAAGAAGAUCUGGAAUUCAUAAGAUCUUUUUUCGCGAAUAUUGAGGAAGGAUUGUAUAAAGAUCUCUGGGCAUGUGUUUUAAAUAUAGCAUAUGAGGCAAAAGAUGUCAUUGAUUCAAUUAUUGUUAGAGAUAAUGGUCUCUUACAUCUUAUUUUCUCACUUCCCAUCACCAUAAAUAAGAUCAAGCUUAUCAAAGAAGACAUCUCCAAUUUACUUGAGAAGAUUUCCAAGAACAAGAGCCUCAUUGUUGUAAACUCUCCCAAGAAGCCAGUUGAAAGCAAGUCAUUGACAACUGGUAAAAUAAUUGUUGGUUUUGAGGAGGAAACAAACUUGAUAAUUAGAAAGCUCACCAGUGGACCGGCAUAUCUAGAUGUCAUUUCGAUCACUGGUAUGGCUGGUUCAGGUAAAACUACUUUGGCUUACAAAGUAUACAAUGACAAGAGAGUUUCUAGUCAUUUCGACCUUCGUGCAUGGUGCACAGUCGACCAAGAAUAUGACGAGAAGAAUUUGUUGAAUAAUAUUUUUAAUCAAGUUAAUGGCUCGGAUUCAAAAUUGUGUGAGAAUAUUGAUGUUGCUGAUAAGCUACGGAAACAACUGUAUGGAAAGAGGUAUCUUAUUGUCUUAGAUGACGUGUGGGAUACCUCAAAAUGGGAUGAGUUAACAAGACCUUUUCCGGAAGUUGAGAAAGGAAGUAGAAUUAUAUUGACGACCAGAGAAAAGAAAGUGGCUUUGCACGGAAAGCGCAGCACUGAUCCUCUUGACCUUCGAUUGCUAAGACCAGAAGAAAGUUGGGAGUUAUUAGAGAAACGGGCAUUUGGAAACGAGAGCUGCCCUGAUGAACUAUUGGAUGUUGGAAGAGAAAUAGUCCAAAAUUGUAAAGGGCUUCCUUUGGUGGCUGAUCUGAUUGCUGGAGUCAUUGCUGGGAGGGAAAAGAAAAAGACUGUGUGGCUUGAAGUUCGAAAUAAUUUGAAUUCCUUUAUUUUCAACAGUGAAGUGGAAGUGAUGAAGGUUAUAGAAUUAAGUUAUUACCAUUUGCCAGAUCACCUGAAGCCAUGCUUGCUUCACUUUGCAAGUUAUCCAAAGGACACUGCAGUGAUAAUCCCUGUGUUGAAAUGUGUAUGGUGUGCUGAAGGACUAGUGGAACAGAUGGAGAUGAAGAGUGUGGAAGAAGUGAUGAAGGUUUACUUGGAUAACUUAAUUUCCAGUAGCUUGGUAAUUUCUUUCAAUGAUUUAGGUGAUGAACCAACUUGCCAACUUCAUGAUCUUGUGCAUGACUUUUGUUUGAUAAAAGCAACAAAGGAAAAGUUAUUUGGCUCAAUAAGUCCAAGUGCUCGAUUUUCUUCUUCAUAUUUGAUGCCACGUAUGGUGACCAUUGAUUAUAACAGUCAGUUAUUGGUGUUUAACGAUUUGGUCCUGUUCGAUUCAAUUAAUAAAAGCCAUUCUGGUAAACACCUGUAUUCUUUGAGGAUAAUUGGAGACAAGCUGGACGAAAGUGAUUGCGAUACAUUUCACCUAAGACACUUGAGGCUUCUUAGAGUGUUGAACCUGGAUCCCUCUUUUAUCAAUCUGAAUGAUUCUUUGCUGAAUGAAAUAUGCAUGUUGAAUCAUUUGAAGUUCUUACAAAUUGGGACAGAAGUUAAAUCCCUACCUUUAUCUUUCUCAAACCUCUGGAAUCUAGAAACCCUGUGGGUGUAUAAUGAAGAAUCAACCUUGGUACUAUUACCGAGAAUUUGGGAUCUUGUAAAGUUGCGAGUGCUGUCCGUGACUGCUUGUUGUUUCUUUGAUUUGGAUGCAGAUGAAUCAAUACUGAUAGAAGAGGAUACAAAGUUAGAGAAGUUGAGAUAUUUAGGGAGUCUCAUGCUUUUCUACUCGAAAGAUACAGAGGAUAUUUUCAAGAGGCUUCCCAAUCUUCAAGUGCUUUCAUUUGAGCUCAAGGAAUCAUGGGAUUAUUCAACAGAGCAAUUUUGGUUCCCGAAAUUGGAUUGCCUAACUGAACUAGAAGAACUCACUGUAGCUUUUGAAAGUUCAAACAUAAAUGACAGUGGGCCCUCUGUAGUGACAAAUCGGCUGUGGGAUUUUUACUUCCCUUCGAAUUUGAAAAUAUUGUAUCUUUCUGACUUUCCACUGACAUCCGAUUCACUAUCAACAAUAGCGAGAAUGCCCAACCUUGAAGAGUUUUCCCUUUAUUUUAUAACCAUUCAGGGGGGAGAAUGGAACAUGGGCGAGGAAGAUACCUUUGAGAAUCUCAAAUUUCUGGACUUGAGCGAAGUGAAUCUUUCCAAGUGGGAGGCUGGAGAGGAAUCCUUUCCCGCGCUUGAGAAAUUAAAACUGCAAAGAUGUUGUAAGCUUGAGGAGAUUCCGCCUAGUUUCGGGGAUAUUUGUUCAUUGAAAAUUAUCCAACUUGUAGAGAGCCCUCAACUUGAAGAUUCUACUCUCAAGAUUAAGGAAUAUGUUGAAGAUAUGAGGGGAGGGGACGAGCUUCAAGUCAUUGGCCGGAAUAAUAUUCCGUUAUUUAAGUAG